AGUAGUGUGAAGUCUGUUAAAGACUAAAACCUCGACAGAGAAGAAAGGAAGCAGGGAAAGGAGAGGGUUUAAUUCAGGGGUUUACUGCUUACUAAUCAACAAUAACAACAACAACAAUAAUCAGCUGUUAGAGCAGUUCUUUAAUCCUUACUUUUGUCACUCAGUGAGCAACAUCUCAAGCAUUUUUUCCUCUCUGAAAAGACGCUCAACUAAAAACAACAGCGAUGGCGCCCUCUCUCCCCCAGGCCUACAGGCGGCGCUGGUGGAUGGCAGUGACAGCGGUGAUUGAAAACCUGCUGUGUUCGGCCGUGCUGCUGGGCUGGGGCUCCCUACUCAUCAUGCUGAAAAGGGAAGGCUUCUACUCCCACCUGUGCUCAGUGAAUGAGUCCGUGGUCGUGUCCUUGGGCAACUCCUCCAGCGGUGAGGUGGAGGAGUGGCUCAGCUGUGUGGACCAGGAGGAGAUGCUGAAUCUGGGUUUCACCAUUGGCUCCUUCUUGCUCAGUGCCACCACCUUACCGCUCGGUAUCCUGAUGGACAAGUUUGGGCCGCGCCCAAUUCGCCUGAUGGGCAGUUCAUGUUUCGCUCUGUCCUGUGCUAUGAUGGCCGUGUCUGCCUAUGACCCUCAUGUUCUGUCAGCGCUCAUUUUCUUGGCUCUCUCCCUGAACGGCUUCGGAGGCAUCUGCCUGACCUUCACCUCGCUCACGCUCCCCAACAUGUUUGGUGCUCUAAGCUCCACCGUCAUGUCUCUGAUGAUCGGCUCCUACGCCUCCUCUGCUGUCACCUUCCCUGGAGUCAAGCUGAUUUACGAUGCAGGUGUAUCCUUCCAUGUCAUCAUGUGGAUGUGGGCAGGUCUUGCCGGAAUUGUCUUUCUCAACUGUUUCAUCAACUGGCCGACAGAAGGCUUCCCAACACCUGAUGAGGUAGACUACAGUAAGAUCCUCACACUGACCGAGGUGCCUUCAUCUGAACAGAAGGUUGUCGGAGAGAGACUGAGCCAGAAAAAUGGAGACAUCAAACACUCAACAGAGAAACUUCCUAAUGGACCUGACGCUGCACCCAAAACUCCUCCCUUUCGACGAUCUGUGUUCUCUCCCAUCUUCCUGUGGAGUCUGGUUACAAUGGGAAUGUCCCAACUGAGGAUCAUCUUCUUCAUGGGGGCAAUGAACAAGAUGCUGGAGUUUAUGGUCACCCACGGCGAAGAGCAUCCAUCUGAACAGCUGGUGAUUGAGGCAGAAGAGAACGUGAGUUUCUACUCGUCCAUUUUCGGCACGCUGCAGCUGCUCUGCCUGGUCACGUGUCCUCUGAUUGGAUACAUCAUGGACUGGAAGAUGAAGGAGUGUGAAGAGGAGAAGCCCGUCCCCUCAUCCACAGAUCAGAGAAAGACCAGCAUUCCCAAGAGAGACCGUAAGAUCCAGAAAGUGACCAACGCCAUGAGGGCCUUCAUUCUCACCAACCUGCUGCUGAUCGCCUUCGGAUGCUGCUGCCUCAUAGACAGCCUGCCUCUACAGAUCUUGACCUUCAUCCUCCACACGAUGGUCAGAGGCUUCAUCCAUUCCUGCUGCGGAGGCCUUUAUGCUGUUGUCUACCCAUCCAACCACUUUGGCACCCUGACAGGCCUCCAGUCCAUGAUCAGCGCUGUGAUCGCUCUGCUGCAGCAGCCGCUCUUCAUCGCCAUGGUCGGACCGCUGAAAGGAGACCCCUACUGGAUCAACCUCGGCCUGCUCAUCUUCUCGUUGGCUGGCUUCCUGUUGCCGGGUUACCUGUUCUACCACCGCAGACAGCUGGUGAGGGAAAAGGAAGCCAGAGACAAGCAGGCGGCCGGACAGGAGAUGCAGGCACUCACCGACACGGAGUCCAACGGCUACAAACCUCACAGCAACGGCGUCGCUGCUGUGGAAGCUUAGAGCUACACAACGGAGACGUGGAUUCGGGAAAUUGUAGGAAUUAUUUUUGUACGCGCCUUCAAAGUGAGCACCAGCAAUUUACACAUCCACAUAUAUAUAAUUUGUUUUGAUAUUUCCAGUGUUUUGUGUUCGGUCAUUGCUGUUGCACAUUUUGCUCACCACAAACCACCAUUACCACAGAGCAAAUAGGAUCCCUCAUGCUUUGUUAUGACUCAGAGUUAGACUUUCAGUUCCUUGUGAUUUGGGAAGAGAUGUGUCAUCAUCAUUUGUUGCUGUUUAUUUAUUUUGGUUUAGUGUCAAAGAGCCAAAUCAGUGUGAUUUAAAGCCAUAGAUUUCACUCACACGUGCACGCACACAUCCUGGUAAGGCCUGUGUGUCAGACUGCAGAUAUCACGGUACUUGAAACACUGUUACAUAGUUUUCAAAGAUUUCUGAUAGUCAUCACAAUCUUUCGCUAACACCAAAGAACAGCUUAAAGAUAUUAGGAAAGUUGCACUUUCUACUUCAGUAUUGUUCCAAAAGUCUGCUAAAUGACGCAAACUUUUAGUAUAUUGUGCUGUUUCUACUGUAAUCCCUCUGGCAAAAGCUAUAAAUAUAUACCUUUAAAAGAAAGCACACAAUCAAAGAUAAUCUAAAGCAUUUGAACAUCUGAAUACCAGAUAUACCAGGUAUUUCAGAGCCCAGUUAUUCAUAAAGACACACACACACGCACAGAUAGGCUGGUUGUAGAGACACCAUAUCUACCUCCACUGUUUCCUUUUAUGUACUGUCUCUCUGCAACCGACUGCUAUGUCUGUUUUUUUUAGGAACUACUAAUCUUGAAUUGUUAAACACCCAAAAUGACACAUUAAAUCACUGCAGAAUUUCUCCUUGUGCAUUCAUGAUCUUUAGUCAGCCCUUGCAUUUCUGGAUUUUUUUAUGUGUAGGAAAAAUUGUUUUUAACGGAAAAUUCACAAGGAAAAACGACUGACUUUUAAAAAUCCUGACACACAGUGUGUGUUGUUAAGAAUCAGUUUGUACUGCUUUAUGCACAGAAAUGACCUAGUGUGUGUAAACUAUGUAUUUAAGUGUCUUUUUAUACUCUAGCUGCGAUAGCAUUAAAAAGGGAAGCGUUUGUUUCAGUAUCAGUUAUUUGUAGAGUGCUAAUUAUAAAUGAAGCUCGGAUGAUUUACAGUGUAUUCAGCUUUUGCUUUUUAUUCUUGUCAUAUACCAAUUUUGGAGCAAACAAACCUCCAUCAAAUUAUUUUUGUAAAUAGAGCUGAGGUGUGUCUCGUAUUUUAUUACAUAUUCUGCUUGCUUUACUAUAUAUGGGUGUGUACAGUGUAUUAACUAAUGCUGGAGAAACACUGGCUGUGUUUUUUUGAUGUGAUUUUCACACUUUUAAAAGACACUGUUUCAGCCAGCUGCAGAUCAAAACAGAAAAAUGUACGUUCUUCCAAAGUGACAACACAGUGUGUCUCUCCUGUACAUGUCUGUUCUACACACAGCGACAGUAUCAUGUAGAUUUAUAGAAUCAGUUGUAUAAUUUUUGAUUCUUUUGACUCGAUCCAUUUCAAUGUCAAGACAGCUUUAGCAGAUUUCCUUUUCUUUCUUAUUUGAUGCAUUUCUUUCCUGCUUUCUAUUUUGCCUUCGUACAUAAAAUAUCUUGUUUGCUUCCUCGCCGUGAAGAAGAUUCUGUGUUCUGUUUCAGCUCUGUGCCUUUGCUGCCAUCUCGGCUUUACUGCAAUAGAUAGGCUAUGAAUGUAAGAUUAAUGCCUCUGCCAAGCGCCUUUCUCUGUAAACCAAAGCCAUGUGUAGGGACUGUAAGCUAGUCGGUAACGCAGCACUUUCCUCAGGAGCAAAAUAACAAAUACCUUACAACACAAUGCAUCAGCUCUACAGUAAUACUGGUUUGGGUUAUUGUUGAUUGUCACAGGUGUUGAUUUAUCAUGACAGUCAUUUUUGGAGCUGUACUUUGUGUUGCUUAGUGUAAAUACUGUUGAGUGCUUUACAGUCAGUGUUGGUGAGGUUUUCCACUGUGGCAUAUAUCAAUACUUUCCUCCUGUACAGUAACAUUUUAAACAAAUGUACCAGCAAUUCCAGCAACAACUAUCCUACCUUUUUGUACCUCUGCAAAUGGCUUAGAAGUUAGAAGUUGCUGAGAUAUAAGUGGUUGUCAGACAUUUGGCACCUUUAUGCUUUUGCUUUGUCGCCUGAAUCGUUUGUAUGAAGUUUAAUCAACACCUCUGACUGUCUCUGCAACAAAAAUAUAUAUUUUGUAUUUUUAGACUGUCAUCUACAGUGGCGUCUCUUGUUAAUCUUCUCUUGUUACCUGUGGGUUUGAAGUGUUGGCAUGUCUUGCUAAAUGUAUGCCUUUCUUCCCUGCCUUCAAUCAAUAUAUCCAGCUUGUGCAUUUGAUAAACAAAUAAAUGAAUUAAUUUUGA